UUUAUGAAAGUCGACGGAGUAAACUAGCCAUUGUCAGUUUUUCAGAAACGUAUUGGGUACCAAGUAAAAAUGUGUGAACGUUAAAUAAAACCUUAUCACAUUUUGUUUGAAAUGUUGAAAUAAAAUAUUGAUAUAUCAUUAGUGGCUAUCAGUGCAGUUAUAAAUUUGAGUGGUUACAAUCUGAAAGUUUUUUUUUUUAUAGUUCUUUUUUGAACUCAGCCUCAAAGUAGUCGACUUUUCAAAGGUUUAAAAUCCGCUAUGAAAGGUUUCGCCUUUUUCUUAUUGAUUUCUCUAACUUCCAGUGUUUAUUGCAUGCCUUUCAUUGGACCUAUAUUAAAACAAGAACGAACAAAUGAAAUAAAUGAUUUGCGCAAACAGCUAGAACAACCUGAAAACAAUGCAUCACAUCAUACUCUCGAGGAAACAAAUAAUUCACCACCAGUUGAAGUUGUUGAAACAAUUAGAGCUGUCGAUCUUUUCAAAGCUAAAGUUUCCAAACGUAUUGCCACAUCAAGUGUUAUACUACAUUUUCCAGGUAUGAAAACAAAACUACUGGAAAUUGCUGUGGAAAAGUUUAAGGCAUGUGAAAUAGCCAGAGGUUCAAAUGAAUUGAUUGAAAUGGAACAUUCGUGUUUGGGAACAGCUACAGCACAAAUGAUGAGUCUUAUUCAUGCUUUUGAGAAAAAUCCAUCAAUGCAUUUUUGAGAAUUUAUUAAUUUUAUUUUGUGUCGUUUUCGAUAAGAGUUUUAAAUACAUAUUUUUCAAGAAAUAAAA